AUGACAGAGUUAAAAGCUGUGAUCGACAGUCAGCAGAUUGAGAUCAGCCAAAUGAAAGACCACACUGACUUGCUAGAAGCUCAGCUGAAAGAAGCACAGGAGAAAUUGGAUAUGUGUAAUGUAUCAAUCCAUGAGCAGUCAGCAGAUGAGGCCACAGCUACUAUGCAGAGCCAGAUAAUGACAUUAACGUGUGAAAAGCAAGACUUAGAAACACAGGUGUCAUCACUAAAUGCUCAGGUGAAGACUACAACACAUAAACUGUCUCAGGCAGAAAAAGCAGUAGCAAGACUUGAGGCAGAAGUGGAAGAGAAGGAAUGUCAAUGCACAUCAUACUACAAUGCCCUGGAGCAUAAUAAAGAAGAAAUGAUGGAACUCAAGAUGGAGAUAGAAAGUCUGCGUUUAGCUGAGACUGAUCCAGCCAAGAAAGGAAAUUCUCUCUUUGCUGAAGUUGAAGAUCAAAGGCAGGCCAUGGAGAAGAAGCUGUUAUCUUAUAAAACAAAUUACAAUAUUGUCAAAAAACAGUAUGACCUCAAGACUGAACAGAUUAACAAAAUGAAGUUACAACUGGCUUCUCUUCUGAGCUUAAAUAGCAGUAAAGCAGACACAGAAUACUUGAAUCAUCUGGAAGAAUCACUUGCCCUGGCACGCACUCAGCUGGCUGAUUCAGGGAAAAGGUGCCGUGAUCUUGAGGCCCAGCUGAGUGCAGUGGUCAACCCUCAGAUGGAGUCUGGUGAAGGUGAAGAAAACAAAGAAACAUUCUUCAAGGGGAUGUAUUUAGAGAGUCAACAAAAACUUGCUGACCUUGAGCAGGAAUUACAGAGUGCAAGAUUUGAUAAAGUUGCACUAAGUGACCGAAUAUUACAAUUACAACGCAAGCUUCGUCAGGCUGAGGUCACUAGAGAUGCCUCCAAUUCAGAAGCCAUCAGGUUGCGAGUGAAGUUGGAGGAGAUGGCAAUAAAGAAGGGUGAAAAGAUGGAUCGUGAGUCAAAGAAUCCGAAGCAAAUAGUGGAAAAGAUUCCAGGUUUCCAGCCUGCCUCCAAGCAACCAGAAGAGACGCAGCAGCCACCACAGCCACCAGCAGCUGAAGAGAGCAUGCCUCUGAAGGAGAAGUUGAUUGACAGAAACACACUACAGGAAGUUGACAAAGAAACUGUGAAAACUGAGAGAGAGGCAGAAGAAAAUGAGGAUGCAGAAAAUGUAGCACCAACUCAAGAACCCGAGAUGAAAAAGAAAUCAAAGAAAUCUGUUCGUAUGAUGGAAACAGUUGCUGUUCAAGAGUGUGAUGGACAGGUACAGGAAGCACAGAUUAAAAAAGAGGAUGGACUUGCAAAAGCAGAACGAAAGAAAAAGGUCUUAAGGAAGUUGGAAGCCCCUGUGGUUAAAGUUGGCAAUGGAGGCCAACCCAAUGAAUGUAAUCAACAGUAGAAUUGUGUUUUUGUAUAUAUAUGUUUCUGCGUGUGUUUGUGUGUAGAUAAAGCUCAUAUGUACAUUUUAAUAGAAUAUGCAUAAAAGUUUAUGUACAAAAUAUAUGCACAUAGAUGAAUCAAACUUGAAGAGCAAAA